CUAAAGGACAUGAAGAGGCGGCUGCGUGCCGUGGAUGGCCUGCUGGAGGUGCACGAUGCCCGCAUAUCCUUUUGUCAGGAGCUCCUCCAAGCAGCCCCCUCUGAGGCCGCUUUAACUGCCCCGCCCAGUGCUAGGGAAUCCUGGGAACUGUAGUCCUCUCAGGCAUCCAGCCUUCUCUCUCUGGAGCCACAAUAAAUACAGCGCUGAGCCAAGGCAGGCCCCAGACUGGGUUGUUUCUGGAGAAGACUGGCACCACUCUUCAAUGUGGCAGAUAGGUCUCUAUAACCCUCCUCCACCCAUUCUGUGCCUCCUUUCCUUUUAGAGGCAGAGGGAAGGGUGGUCUUUUCAAGGUAUAUUAACAUGUUUACCAUAGUUUGGGAAGCUGAAACACACAGAUUGUAGGCAUGCAAAUAAAGGCAUUGGGACACUUAACUCUCACUGCUUCUGUCUCAUUUGCAUAACUGGAGAGUUUUAUGACACUUAGGUCCCAGAAAAAGGUAUUACAUUUGUGUCCCAGUUUCACUUGAAGGAGCUCAUCAUGCACUUCCAGCAAAGGCUCCCUUCUCUUCCCCAUCUUUAUCUUCGCAACUGCCUUGUAAGAUAUGUCAGGCUGAGGGAGGAUACUUCGGCGCUCAAGGAUGAAAAAUUUUGUUCCCCGCAGCUCCUCUAAAUAUAUGCCAGAUUGCUGCUGUUAUUCUUGGCUCUUCUUUGCCUCCUUAGCACAUAUACAUCCCAUUAUCUGGCAGGAACCCUCUGUUGCAGGAAGCUCUGGGUAUUCGUCCACAUUUGUUGGUGCUGAAUAAAAUGGACCUGGCAGAUCUAACCCACAAACCAACUCCUGAUAACCUUGGUCUCCCUUCUCUGCGCAUGUGCCAUCUUGAUAUUCUUGAACUGUGGUGCCCAGAACUGGACACAGUGUUUCAGCGGAUUCUAAAACAUUUGGAACAACAAGGUUUUAGACACGUCCAUUUCACAGAUUGCCUGAGAGAUGAAAAUGUCAAGAAGAUUGUUCCCCUUGUCACAGAACUGAUUAGCAACAGUCAGCGCUACCAAAGGUCUGAGAAUGUGGAGAGUUGCAUCAUGGUAAUUGGUGUGCCAAAUGUAGGAAAAUCAUCACUUAUCAAUUCAUUGAGAAGACUGCACCUAAGAAAAGGAAAGGCUUCCAUAGUUGGUGGGACACCAGGUAUUACCAGAGCUGUACUCACCAAAAUCCAGGUGUGUGAACGACCCCUCAUGUUCUUACUGGAUACACCUGGGGUACUAUCGCCUCAAAUUGGGUGUGUGGAGACUGGGCUGAAAUUGGCACUUUGUGGAGCAAUUAAGGAUCAUUUGGUAGGUGAGGAGGUUAUUGCUAAUUAUUUGCUUUACACACUGAAUCAUCAUCAGCAAUUCAGUUAUGUAGAACGCUAUAGACUGCCCAAUCCCAUUGAUAAUGUGGAGAUGGUACUCAAGAGUAUUGCAUUACACCUCGGCAAAACCCGUCGAGUCAAAGUGUUGACGGGCACGGGAGAUGUGACAGUAACAGCACCCAACUACAAUGCAGCAGCAUGUGAAUUCAUCCAUUCUUUCCGUAAGGGACUUCUAGGGAAGGUAAUGCUUGACUAAUUGGUCUAAAGGCUUCCACUGGAUAAUUCUGUCUGGAGCAGAAAGCAUCGCCAUGCAGCUGAACAAGACCUUGGGGACUUUGCUUCAUGGCAAUAAGCCUGGACUAUUUUCAUCUGUUGGCAAUUUCCAUCUGCUGUUUGCAAACAGUUUUUGUAGAAUCGUGAGGAUAGAGAUUGAGUAGGCAAUAGCAAAGGGCAUAUGUAACUUCCUGUACUAUUUUCUGAAUGUCCUCUCUCUCUCUUUUUCCACCUCAGCUAUUCCUUCUCCAUGUUGCAGCAAUAUCUGUUCUGAGAGAUGGAAAGCUUUCUCCAGAAACUAGGUAGCUUAGGCAAAAUUAUCAUAAGAUAUAUGUAACUGUAAAUUCUUAGAACAGUCGAUCCACAAAAUGCCUAACGCAUAUGAACUGAGCUCUUGAUUUAAUGGUACCUUUCUUAAGCCAGUUUCAUAGCACACAUUCAAGCGUUUUCCUGCUGCCUUUUCCAUUCUAACAGGAGACUUCUGUCACUUGCUUCCAUAUAUACAAUCAUGACAUAUAGUAUUGAAUUUUAUCUUGAAAUGUUAAUUCAAGCUGCCUUAG